UGACCAGCUGUUUUUGCAUUAUAUUUUCUUUUCCUUUUGUUCAUAAAUAAAACUGUAAUAACAUAUAAAAGUAAUGCAAUUAGAUAGCGAUUGACGCCUGUUGUCGUCUUUUUUAUACUAUAAGAACAAAGUGCAACGAAUACCAUUAGUUAAGCGGAUAAUAAAAUGAGCUAAGCUCAGUGACCACCGACUGCCAUGCCUCAAAGUGAUUCAGUGGAUGCCCGCAACGCUGCACAGCUCCUUCUGUCCAAUGCGCGACAUGGGAAUAAUGCCUACCACAUGCCAUAUGAUAUGUCAGCACGAGCACAUUCCAUCAACUUGAUAACCGAGGACUUCCUAGCCGGCUACAUGCAAGAUGGACGAAUGUCUGUGGUGCGACGCUUCUUCUGCCUCUUCGUAACAUUCGAUCUGGUGUUUGUGUCACUGCUGUGGCUCAUUUGCAUUGUGAUUGAUGGGGACAAUAUAUUCCAAGCGUUCCACAAGCAAAUUGUGGAGUACACAAUCUAUACAUCGCUAUUCGAUGUGGUUGCCAUAGCGCUGUGUCGAUUCAUAGUCCUAAUCUUUUUCUACGCCAUGAUGUACAUCAAUCAUUGGUCCAUUAUAGCGCUAUCGACGAGUUGUUCGUGCUUGUUCCUGAUCUCAAAGGUUUUUGUUUUCAAUUGGCUGCAAGCCAAGCAACAGGUAUUCGAAGUCAUCCUCAUAAUUACUUCAUUUAUACUGGCUUGGGGCGAGGCCUGGUUCCUUGACUGUCGGGUCAUACCGCAGGAGCGACAUGCCCAGCACUAUUUCAGGUCCCUGAUCUCGAAUGAUCGCACACCUUUGGUACAGCCAUCCAUCUUGAUUGAGAAUGAGCGACCGCCUCAGAGUGUGACUGAUUUUUAUUCACCGCUGGACACCGCUCGCCACUCCGACGAAGAAGAUGAAGAGGAUGAGGAGUAUCACCAAAUGGGCUUGGAUUGCCUGCGCAAGGCCUAUCAGAUCAUUGAGUCCAGUGACUGGAAGGUGGAAAAAGUAACCCACAAGGGCGACACCAUUCACAGCAUGCAGCGGGAAAAGACUGGAAAAAUAUACAAACUGACGGCCCGCAUCAAAUAUCCUGCCAAGGCUCUGAUGGAAGAUCUAUUCUACCGCAUUGAGGACUGUCCAAAAUGGAAUCCGGCCCUACUGGAAUCCAAAAUAGUGCGCAAAAUAAACUCGUACACGGACAUCACCUAUCAGGUGUCCAUCGGAGGUGGUGGUGGCAUGGUAAAGAGUCGCGACUUUGUCAACUUACGGUCGUGUCGUCUAUUCAACAAUGGCCAAAUCUGCGACGACGAUGAUGUGGCCAAGCUGAGCAGCGACGAUGACGACGACAACAGCACACUGAACCGCUCAUGCGAGGGCAGUGUCAGCACCAUAUCUGAUGGCGAAUCGCAAUCGCCUCUGGCCAGCAGUGUGACCAGUUGUCGGGCAAAGUUCCCCAGCGCAUCGGUGGGUCCCUCAACGCCCUUUAAUACGCUGGGCAACAGUCUGGGCGCAAAGAGUCUGGGACCAGUAGUUAAUUUUGAUGAUGAACCACCGCCUCUGGACCAAGAUGAGUUUUCAGAUGCCCAAGAAAAGAUAGAUGGCGAAGCGGACAAAGAGACCAUGACAAAACCCAGCAGCAUUGGCAAGACCACGGAUAAGGUUUGGAUGACCGCCGCGAUUAGUGUGCAAUACGCUGCUGUUCCGCCCACAUCAAAAUACACUAGGGGCGAGAAUAUUGUCACUGGGUUUGCCUUUCGGGAAAUCGUUGGCAAAUCGGACAGCUGCAUUGUUGAAUGGGUGCUGUGCUUGGAUCUGAAGGGAUACAUCCCUCGCUACGUUCUGGAUGCAGCACUCACCUCCUCCAUGACGGACUACAUAACCAAUCUGCGCAAGCAUGUGAAUGAGCUGAGGCAUCGGGGCCGUGGACGAGCGCCGAGGAUACACUAGGCCACUAGAGUGGCAGCGUGCAACAGAGGUGGCCUAGGCCCUUUUCAAACUGUAUUCUAAUUGUAAUCUAAUUGUAUCUCACGAGUGUGCUUGCAUCGACUGGCAGACAACGAUCGAUCAUCUGUAGGAAUAUUUCAAUAAUGGUAGAGCAGGAUCAAGUUCAUUGCAGUAUGUUUAAUGAUUAUAUGUAUGUUUCUAUAUGAUAAUGCGUAAGUUUUAUGCGUAUGCACGGCUUAUAAUAUAACAUUUUUUAUAUAAUGA